UUACAAAGUGAGUGAUGGUUAGAAUUAGAAGAAGGAAAUCUUUGGACUGCUCACUCCAAGUCUUUUAUUAAUUUUCGUGUAAAUAUUAUAAUAGAUGUUUAGAUUUAAGUACUUAAAUGUGAUACGUGAACAAUUUUAUUCGUUACAAUGUCCAAUAGUUCAAUUGACGAGAAAUUGAAAGGUUUGCAAGAACGAUUUCAAAAUGAAAUGCGUACGCGGGGAGAUGGUGGUUUACAGAACCAAGGUGGUCUCGGAACACCUAAGUCUGGAGGCCGGAAGUUUAGACCCCUAUUCAAUAGAGACAUACCACUACCACCGAGAUCACCUCAGGCAACUGAAACGGAAUUUCGUAUGCGGGAAGUUUACAAGGUGAGUGGAAAGUUAAAUGUGGGUGGUGUAGAGUACCGCUCCAGUAUAGAUGAAUUGCAACAUAUGGGCGAGCUGGGAAGUGGUACCUGCGGACAUGUUGUCAAGAUGCUGCACAAACCUUCUGGAGCAGUCAUUGCUGUUAAGCAAAUGCGGCGCUCUGGUAAUUCGGAGGAAACCAAAAGGAUUUUAAUGGAUUUAGAUGUGGUGGUUCGGUCUCACGAUUGUCCAUUCAUCGUUCGCUGCCUGGGUUGCUUUGUUACGGACGCGGAUGUAUGGAUUUGUAUGGAACUGAUGGCGUCAUGCUUCGAUAAGCUACUCAAACGGCUCGGCGCACCAAUACCGGAGGCUAUACUUGGCAAAGUUACUGUUGCGACGGUGAAGGCGUUAUCAUACCUGAAGGAGAGUCAUGGUGUGAUACACCGUGAUGUGAAGCCGAGUAACAUCCUGUUAGAUGAGCGUGGUAACGUGAAGUUGUGUGACUUCGGCAUUAGCGGACGUCUAGUCGACUCGAAGGCUAAAACGAGGAGCGCCGGGUGCGCUGCGUAUAUGGCUCCUGAGAGAAUAGACCCGCCGGACCCCAGUAGACCGGACUAUGAUAUUCGAGCAGACGUGUGGUCUCUCGGUAUAUCGCUAGUGGAGCUCGCCACCGGCGUCUUUCCAUAUAGAAACUGCCAAAAUGACUUUGAAGUUCUUACAAGGGUAAUAGCAGACGAUCCACCUCAAUUGCCAGAUACGAGUGAUUUCACGUCAGAAUUCAAAUCUUUUGUAUCUCAAUGGACGUUGCCCAAGAGCGGCGCCCCUCCCUCGCCAGCCUCGCCCAACGGGCACUCCAGCCCCCCCACUCCGCAGCCCGUGAGGAACUUCGUCACCAGCGCACACCACUGGUCACCAGAACAAGUCACACCUACACCUGGACGUGCGAGGUGGGCGUCCCCGUCGCACGCGGGCGGCAGCAGUUCGCAGCCGGCCAGUCUGGAAGCUGACUUCUCUAACCAUUCGCCGUAUCCUAGACGCAGGACGAUAGAGGCGUGCGCGUCGCCGCCGCCGCCACCCGUGCGCAGAGUUUCCGCUGAGAACCGCUGGAGGGCGUCACCAGCUAGUUCGGGCAACACAAGUCCUAUAGUGCUGCAGAGGUUCUACCAUCAGAGCCAACAGAGGAGGUCCAGGGUCGACCUGCAUUCAACCCCUAGGCAUAGGAGCUUAAGCAGAGAACACAGUACGGGAAGAUCUCCGGAGCCCCCGCCGAGGACUAACAGGCAUCAUAUGUUGGGACACGACGCGAACGGCAGCUCGGAAUUGGAACCGCCUCCGCUGCAUGAGCGGUUACAUCCCCCCUCCCCGCUGCUGCUUAGUGACAGGUUAUCAGAAGGGCGUAGUCAGAGUCUGACGCGCGCGGAACUACGCAACGGGUAUCGGUCUGAAGUCGCAGCUCCGAAACAUCACGACGACCAAGAUGGGGUACGAGUGAGAGCUGGAGCGUUCCCGCGUCUCCCCUCCCGCCGCGGUCAGCGCCCCCGCGCCCCGCCGACUAGCGCGCCCUCGCCGAGCCCGCUGGCGCAGGGCUGCCUGCUGCGCCCGGGGACCCGCCCCGUCUGGUGCACCAGCCAGGCGACAGCGCCGCGCCCAGCGUGGGCCGAGCCACGUCCCCUAACGCGCCGUGACACACAGACCGUGCACUCUUAGAACACGUAUAAAGUUAGCUGACACACGGUCAAGCACAGAAUAUAUUCAAAUCAAAUUACGCCACGCUCUGUUACGCUUGGUUCACACUUAGCCAGUACAGUUGGACAGUCAGUACAGCUUAGAACUCAUUGUGUGUGUUAACUGGCAUCAGUUAGAUCUCACACUGCUAUAUAUAUGGCAGUCCAGUUCUUGAUCGCUACUGUCCGACUGUACUGGCUAAGUGAACCAGGCAUUAUGUUUGUGGGUAAUAGCUUUACUUGGACAGCUGAUCGUGUAUCGGUUACCUGUAUAGUCGAAUUCAAUAGAAUUUAGAAAUUAUUUCAUUUUUGUAACACCAAUUUAAAUACUGAAAUGUUCUAAAAUCCAUAGACAAUAUACAUUGUCAGCCAAAGACAAUAUCUGUUUUCUAUUGAAUUCGACCACAGAGUGUGAUGACAUCACAAGUUUGCUUAUAUUGUACCAAUGUUUUGGAUGUUUUCACUUGGCUUGUACAGCUUUUAAUACACCUUAUUUGGUCAUUAACAAAUUUAAAAAAAAUCUUCAAAGCUUCUCGCAUUAUUUGUAAGGUUUCAAAUAAAUAAUAUUUUUGAAAUAACAUAGAACUACUAUUUGUGAUAAAUUGUCAUAAAGCUAAGUGAAAACAUAGCUUAAUGUUUAAGACCAAUAUAUUUUAUGGCUGUAAUAUGAAUAUAGCGUUCGGGUUUACAUUUGAAGGAGCAGUCAGUAUUUAGAUCGGCUUGCUAGUGUUGUGACUACGACUGAAGUAUUUACUGUUCGGGCUUAAAUAUUUUAAAGAUAUAAGAUUUCGACAAACCAAUUGUCCUUUCAAUUAUCAACCAUUUUUCACAUCUGUUAACUUCUAUUACUCUUUAUCUGUGGAGAAAGCAACUGUCAAACUUCUAUUACUCUUUGCCUUUGAAGAAAAAAACAAUUGUCUAUGGUCGUCGAAAUCUUUUAUAUCUGUCAAUUGUUGUAAAAUGUAUUAUAAUAUUUUUUAAAUGCGAAUGUUUAAGAUUGUGUGAGAUGACCCUGGAGUUCAAUUUAGCAUACAGCACCGUGUUGAAUUUGUGAUCGGUUUGGUGUUUGUGAAAUAUUUUUAAAAUAUAUACCUAAGUGCAAUUCACAAAUAGCGUCAUAUUAAGCUAAAAACACCAAAAAGUUCAAGACAAUUAAUGUAAAUAUAUUGAUAAGUUUCGCUUGUAUUUUUUAAAGAGAUUUGAUUUAAAGGAAAGAGUAAUGAGAUUGAGAGGUGACCGAAGAAUGUAUGAAUUGAAUGAACUGUAUGAAAGAAUUAGAAGUGAAUGAAAUCGGAUGAUACUGAUAGAGAUGUAUGAAAGAGCAGGACAUACUGUCUAACCUUUGGAGGGAAAAGGACAGGCUGAGAUUGAACUAUUGUUAGUUGGACGAGCGACUUUGGAUCUUAUGUACAUUAGUGUAGAGUAUAAUUUCGUUAAACAUCGUUGCUUGUUAACGGAUUCACAGUUUGUCUUUUUCUGCUAAUUUCAGUACUAAAAGGACAAUAAAUAGAUUUGAAUUCGAAAACUGUUGAGAAAAGAAAAAUCAUGAGAAAAUUCCUAUUUAUAAUUUAUAGUGCAAAUAUUUUGAUGUAAAUAUCUUGUAUAUUUUAAGGGACGUCUGAAAUGCAAUAAAUAUGAUCAUUUUUCUAUACAAUUGUAACAAUGCGGCUUGUCUAUGGACGGAAAACGCAGUUUUUGGCAAAAAAUUACUGGUUACAUUUUAUUUUUCGACCAAAUGUAUAGAAUAGUUCUUUUUUCUAAGAUUUUCUAUCUUUACGGCAAGUGCAAUCGGAAAUGCGUUUUGAUAUUUUUUGCGUUUUUAUUUUAAUCUUUGAUGAUCGUAAAACGCAAAAAAUGUCUUCAAAGGUGCUGUUUUGUAAAUAUUUUUAGUUUCGUUAAGUCAUAAAACUCAAUGUCACAUGUAACAGGUUAAAUAAGUUUUUAUCAUUUUGUAAUAUUUUGUAUAGAUUAUUUUAUGAAAUCGUUUUUUUUAUUGCGAAAUUU